AUGUUCUCAGGUUGGUGUUUGUUUCUUUGCUUGUUUCCGCUUCAUCAUGUCCAUCUGAUGAACCUUUCUCGCCCACAACCCGUAGAACGGGUGCCAAGAAGAAGAAACAAUAUUGCCAUCGUCGUCGCAGGUCGUCAGCCUCGCUCGGAUUCGCAAUUGAGUUACGAGCAGGUAAACUAUCGUGAAUCGUCACCAGCAAACCGUGAGUGUAAUUUCAGCGUCUCCAGAGUUCAAGUCGGUAUAUUGCGUAGGUAG